AUGAUGUGCCACAUGAGAUCAGUGCUCAGCUGCACCUGUAAGAUCGGACCCUCGCUGUUGGCGUCGGACCUCUCGUGCCUGAAGGACGAAUCGCUCAAGGUGGUGGCGGCCGGCGCAGACUACCUGCAUUUGGAUGUCAUGGACGGGAAUUUCGUGCCAAACAUCUCUUGGGGGAAAUGCCUGCGCCCGCAUACCAAGGCGUUCUUCGACUGUCACAUGAUGGUGGCCAAGCCCGAGCAGUGGGUGUCGGACAUCGCUGCGGCGGGUGGUGACCAGUUUACCUUCCACCUGGAGUCGACGAAGGACCCGCUCGCCCUGAUCAAGCAGAUCCGCGACGCUGGCAUGAAGGUGGGCCUAGCCAUCAAGCCGGGAACCAGUGCGGAGGCUGCCUUCCCGUACGUGGAGCUCGUGGACAUGGUGCUGGUCAUGACCGUAGAGCCGGGCUUCGGUGGCCAAAGCUUCAUGGCCGACAUGAUGCCCAAGGUGGAGACCAUUCGCGCCAAGUACCCGACUCUGGACAUCGAAGUGGAUGGCGGACUGGGCCCCUCUACGAUCGACGCGGCUGCGAAGGCUGGAGCCAACAUGAUCGUCGCUGGAAGCUCCGUUUUCAAGGCCACCGACCCCAAGGCUGUCAUUCUGCAGAUGCGACACAGCGUCGAGAAGUACGGCAAUGGCAAGAGCGACGACCAGUUGACGAAGCUUUGA